AAAUUACAUUUUGACUACUGCACUUUUUUCCUCUUUUUUUAAAUUUAUCAUUUACAAAAUCGAACGUAUAGCAUCAUCUACUUCGUCAACAACUGUCAGUCCAACUACUUCCACGACACAAGGUGGUUUAUCCAGAACAAACACGAUGAUGUCUUCUUCCACCGGAACAGCAGCGACAUCUACUCAAGCAUCAACAGAAGCCAGCUCAGUUAUUGCUUUAACUGUGUCAACAUCACUCUCAGCAACCGGAGGAUCAACGAGCUUGACAUCCAAGCAAUCCACAAUGAGUGCCACAACUUCAACUGCGUCCAUUUCCAGUGCAGCAAGUGGAACAACUAACAUGCAGCAAGGGACAACAAUAUCCUCUAUGAUUGUGUCAUCCACAACUAUUACUGGAAGUACUACGUCGACAGCAAAAAUCACUGAAAUUUCUUCCGGCACAGGAAGUUCUUUAAUUUUGAGUACGACUGAGCCGAUCACAUCAACUACUACAGCAGCAGGUGAACCAGGUGAGGCUCGAUGGUUUGUCAAACAAUGGCCCUGUUUUCAAGUUCGAAGAGGUCAGGUAAAAUUCUUUUCUAUUGAUUAAAAAGCAAAUCAAACGCCAAAAUCGGCCAAUUUGUUGAGGAAAUUUUCAACUGCCAGGAACCUCUUAUUCGAACCUGGAUACACGUCAUCCUUCUUUUGCAUGUUCCAACUUGGGGCAUUUAUAUAGUGGCAUCUUGCAUGCACAUUACCUCGAAAUAUAUACUGCAGUUCUUUUUUUACCAAGGCUUGCUUUUCAGGCCAAUAAAAAGAAAAUAAUACUCAGGAUGGUGAGUAAACAUAUUCUUUUAAAGUUUCGAGAAAGUAAUAAUGAAACGAUUUUGGGUGUUUCUUCCUUCACGCAGUGUGGGCGUCGUCCAUCGUUGCAAGAAAUGCCCUCCAUCU